UAAUUGACAAUCAAUAAUAUUUAUUCAUCUAAUUCCACAAAUGUUGUGUUUCAGAUUUUUAUACAAAGACAAACAAUAAUAAUGUUUUAUUAGAGAGUUGUUGAGCCAGAGUUGUACUAGCACAAAAAUCCUUUCCGAGUGUCUUCGGGCUUGCUUGGUCUAUCUCAAUGCAAUGUAAAACAUAUACGUAAUAUGAGGAUUUAUUUGGUUUGGUUGGUAUAGGAUUGAAGGCAAAAGCUCGUUUCCAUAAUACUCCAAUGUGUAAGCCUACUUCGUAUCAAUCAUCAUGGAGGAUAGUGGAUUGCUAUUCACAAGACUUGCUUUCCCUCACCCUGUACAUACUCUUAAUAGGAGUGUGUGUACUUAACUGCCCAAUUAGCAAAUUAGAUUUCCACCACCACCACCACCAAUCCAGCAGCCUUGAUUUUGCUUAAAUUGUUGGAUUGUUUUGGAAUGUGCAAUAAUAGGAGAGAGAGAUAUGUGUAACAUGGUGAACUGAGCCAACCUAUUAACAUAUAUUUGAUCAAGGAGGACUCUCCUGCCUUAUAUCCUGUACUUGGUCCGGGGGGAGGAGAACGUCGCCAGAGGAGGGAAUGUCGAGAAAAAAUGCUGGUGGGGGCUUGAUAGCCAAAAAUUCGGUCAUCAAAUGUUCAAUUGAUGAUCUGCAAUUGGACGAAGGCCUUCUAGUUGUCUCCUUUGCCCACAAAGACAAUCUCUAUCAAGGCGUUCUCCUCCAGCUCAACAGAGAGAGGGGAAUUCCAGCAGGAAUAUCAUUUCCGAAAGAGUACUUUUCCGUUGAGAAAAAGCCUGCGGAGCAGCAAGCCAACCCCAUCCAGUCACCCCCUCUCACCCAGCGCAACACCUACUUUCAAGAAACAGACCAUGGGCGGCAGUAUCGCUCCCUACGCCGCAUUAUUAAAACCCCAGCAAGGUUCAAAAACUCGAGAAUGUCCCUACGACCAGUGCAAAGACCAGUUCUUUGUGCAAAAUGCGGAGCUCUAUGCAAUGAAAAGGCAGCUAUUGCUGGAGAGGAACCUAUUGCUCCUAACAGUAAUGGCAAAAUAUGUAACAACAAUGGAAGCUCGGAAGCUGACAAUAAUAGGCAAAAGAAAAACCAAGACUCUAAAAAAUCUCCAGGCACUAAUAAUAAUAAAAGUAGUAAUAAUGGUCCGAAUAGCAAGGCGUCCACCAAAGAUAACUUGCUACUCACUCCAAGAGUGAAGCUAGCAAAGUUAUCCCCAUCAGAUGAUAAGAGGACACUCAUUUUGCCCGUUGUCGACGACCCCAAAAUAGACUACAACUAUGAAGGGGUCGGAAGUAUAGGAAUCGUGGACAAUGCUUGGAAACGACCACUAUCCAAACCGUUGAAAUAUCAAACGAGACACCAAACAAACUCGAAACAAGUCUCAAAACUUACCAAACUCCCUUCUAAACUAAUUUCCAAAAGCAGUAGUAGUGGUAGUAUUAGUUCUCAGUUAAAAGGUGCGUCUUUAGUGGAUUCUCAUGAUGAGUCCCAUCAAUGUCCAAUUUUUCGCAUUACAAAAGCUCCCCACUUGAAAUCUAGUAGUGAUAAGCAAAGCAAGGCGAAUAAUUUGAAAUUAUUCAUAAAAAAGCUGACUAUGGCUCGUGAAGCGAAAUUUCAAGAGCCAUCAGUCACAGGAGAAAGCAGAUCGCAGCAAGAUGAGCAAUCUGAUGAUGUCAACUCAAAGCCUUCCCUCAAAAAAAUAUUGAGUGUGCCUCCCAUGAAAAUUCCAAUUGUAAAAACAAAAGUGAAAUUAAAAAGACGAAACUCGACAAUGCCCUACCGCUUCCAAGAAAGCGGCAACAGCAAAAACUCUCACCCUACUAUUACUUGGCGAACACGCAAGGUUUCGACAAUGUCAAACCCGGAUGAUAAAGUGAUUUCUCCUGUCGCAGAAGAUAAGGUUUAUGACGCAAGUCUCAACCUUUUGAUGAAGGAUAUCAAAAGAGAAGUUGACAUCAACGGACAACAAAGCCAUCACGAUAAUCAUAAUGACACAUUACUAAUACCUCCACAAAUUGAGAAACAACCUCAGCCAUUUUUUGAUAGUGACCUCAGCCCAAUUCAAUCUCCUGAAGAGUUUCAAGAUUCUGACGAAAGUUUAUCCAUGAUCACGCCCGACCAAACACCUACGGCUAAAACUCCUGUGAUAAAAAUUACUUUUGGAUCUUCGGGAAACGGAAUGGUUGUUCAAAUUCCGCCACGAAAAACGAAUCACAAUCCUCACAAGUCUGAGCAAGAAGAGUUGGUGGCCACAGAAAACCUGUUGGAUCCCAAAGCGGUCAGAAAAGCACUGAAGAAAGCGAGAAAGGAGGCGAAGAGAAAACAGUCUGAGAAAGCAGCCUUAAAUAAGGAGAAGGAAUCGCCUUGCAGUAGUAGUAGCAACAGUGGAGGUUGUGGUAGCGUUAGUUAUCCAGCAGUAGUAUCAGAGUCAUCAACGCAAGCCACAAUCGUACCCCUUUCUUUUAACACAAAACCUGCCUUAACCCCGCUUACUAUUCAUCUUAAUAGCAGUCACCCAUCGUUAAACAAAGCUAACAGUAAUCCUGUUGAAGAAGGCGAACUUUCCUCCAGUCAUCGGCAUCUCCUCGCAGCGCCAACAACGCCCAACCAAAGAGAAAGCACGAAUGUUGCUCAUCCCGAGAGCGAACGGUCAGGAAAAAAGAAAAAGAAAGCGAAAAAGAGAAAACGGCAAAAGGACCAUAAAGAGAAUGACUUGGAAAACCCCAACAAUGAUGAAAGUCAUCAUCACCAUCAUCAUCACCACCACCACCAUCACAAUCAGAAUGUGCUGGUGACUUCUGGCACCCCUGCUGCCCCUGGUUCUGAAGUUUCUAGUCCUACUUUCAAGUCUGAUACGAUCCAACAUGAUAGCCUCAUAAUUCCCCCGAUGAUAAGUAAUAACGGUCCUAAUAAAAUACGGCAACGACGGAGUAGUAGUAUUAAUAUCUCCUCCCCACCAGUGAACCGAACGUCACUAAAAGCAGAUGAUGAUAAUACAGACGUGGUCAGUAUUAGUGAGGAUGCAACAAGCACAUUGGUGGACACUCCUACGAAUAAUCCACAACGUGUAUGCAUUAGUCUUAAGCGACUAAAAAAUCAGACAAAUGCAUACAUUCCUUGGAAUGGGAGGAGCAUCAAUUGUUUCAACAGUGAUGACCACGACGAGACCACUUCGGAUAGUGCGGAUAAUGAAGAACCUCAUGAUUUUCAGGACACGAUAUUUCUGAGUGAUGAAUCCGGUGAUGGAUCCCAAGGUCCUGUCCAGUCUGUCGAAUCGUACAAUCAUGUGCAGUCCAAUCAAGUGUACAGGAAGGGGGAUGUCGUUUGGGGGAAAUCAACAGGCUGUCCGUGGUGGCCAGGGAAGAUUGUUGACAUCCAGCUCCGAGGUGUAACCGACGUUCGUGCAAAGCUUGCCUGGUACAGAUCGUCCACGCAGUCCUGCAUAACUUUGUCUGAUUUGCACCCAUUCGAAGAGUACUUUGAUAUCAAAUAUACCAAAAAUCGGAAAAGGGGUUUUUACCAGCAAGCAGUUCGAGAGGCUUUAAUCGAUGCUCAUCAAUGAUCGAACUUACAAGACUUAUAUGCAACCGACUGAAUAUUCUGCCUUUGACGUUGAACCGCAUAUGCAGUUGUCUUCUUUGUUGACUUUUUGUCAUGCAGCAAAUCAAACUUGCAACUUUCCGAGUUUGUCUAUUUAAUCUGUCUAUCCACAUAUUUUUUUCUGUUUUAAACUAAUUCAAACCAAUAUUCGAUUUAAUUGGUUAUUUUGUAUAAGAACGAUAACGCUAAAUAUCAUUAUAUGUACCAUCAAUCGCAGUGGUAUGUAUACAAAAAUAAAUAAUUAUGCAACAUAAA